AUGGUUGCCGAAAAGUAUAGCUCGCAAGUGAGUGGCAAAGACCAGCAGAGUUUCCGUCAGAUAAAAGAUGAAGAAUUUUCUAAGGGAGAGGAAACUGAGAGGAAACUAGAGGAAAUUUUUGAUACUCUGGAUCAAGCCGGAAGUCAAAAUCUUCAAACUGUGAAGAUUUCGAGACUUUUCGCUGAAAAGGGAGACAAGGUGAUAGAAAAACAUGAUGAUAUGUAUGAGGAAUUAAAAAGAAUGAAGGAACGUUUUGAUGAAAUGAAACAAAGCCAGAAAGCGGUAAAAGAAGAAGUAAUGGAAAUAAAGGAUGAUUUUCAGGUGAUUAAACAAAAGUUUGAAAGAGUUGAAGGAUUAUUUGUCAAACUAUUCCAAGAAAAUAUUGUCGACAGAAAUGGUGCACAAGCUACGGAUCCCACAAUUUCAACUAACAACCAAGACGUUAUUAUUCUUGGUGGUUGGUAUUCUGUUGCGUACGCACCCCCUUUGAAUACUGGUGAGAAAUAUAAUAUUGUUGAGAAGAGGUCGACAAUGCUGCCGCAAUUGAAUCAUCGUCGAGGAGCAUCAGCAUCGUGUGUUCACAACAAUGACAUCCUGGUCGUUGGUGGUUUCGAUGGUGAAGGUGGAACUGUAACGAUUGAAGUUUUGAAGAUGAACCAACAUCCUUUGCGAUGGACAAUGUUUGAUGGUAAACUGCCUGUCAAAUUAUCUGAUCAUGACGUCAUAGUUUAUCAAGGAAAAUUAUAUGUAAUAGGAGGAUAUGACGGGAAUGAUACAAAAACAUCGAAUGCCAUUUAUGAGAUUUCUCUUGCUCCACCUUAUACUGCAAAGUUGCUGGCGAGAAUGACUGGGCCAAGAGAUGCUCACAGAGCAGAACUGCUUAAUGGAAAACUAUUUAUCUUGGGCGGAACAACCACCGGCUAUAGUAAAGAUGCUCUUGACGGUGUUGUUGUUUAUGAUUUGGUUAAGAAUGAGUUCAAACCAUGUCCAUCGUUGCCUCGGCCUGUUUUUGAUAUGUCCACAGUCACUUGGGGUGAUAAGAUUAUCAUUCUUGGCGGUAUGGAUACGAAUAGUCAGGCAUUAAAUGACGUCAUCAUGUAUGACACUGACACGGGGCGAAGUGAAAGACUGCCCUUCAUGAUUUGCCAAAGGGCUGGGUGCUCAGCUGUCAUACUGAAUGACGUCAUUGUCGUGUUUGGUGGAUGGAAUGAGGAGCAGGGAUUUCUCAACUCAGUGGAAACCUUCACCAUUGGUGGAGAUAGCUGGAAAGAACUGCCAGGAAUGAUAGAAAAAAGAUGUUGGGCAAAUGCUGUGGUGAAACCUCACAUCUGAACGUUUUCUCAAUAUAAACUUCUCACUGUGUCCUUGCAUGAAUAUGACAUGAUAUCUUUGUGUCGUGAUGGUCAAACAAUGUCUCGACGCUUUCUCGAUAUGAGCAACCAGAAGGCUAUCCCUAAUCAUAACUCUGAAUCUAACAUGAAGUAUUUUGUUUACAUUUCGGUUUUCUCAUAUAUCAAGAAACAGCCAUUGUUCCACGUCAGGUUGAUAACUGCUGUUGUUAAUAUUUCUAUAUUCUUAUACUGUGACGUCUGAUGAGGUUUAACCAAUAUUAUUA